GCGCUGUUCGGUCAUGUGAUCCAUUUUUUUCCCUCCUUGGAAGUUGAAAGGCAGGAGAGGGAGUGGGGCACGAUUUCUUCUUCCCACACUGUUCGCAGAUGAAGCCACUUGGUUUCUUUUGAUCCACAUUGCGUUCGCUUUCCUUUUGGAACUCCUUCCAUCACCACCAUGGCGGGGGCUAUUAUCGAGAAUAUGAGCACCAAAAAGUUGGUGAUUGUGGGAGUGAUCCUGCUUUUGUUCCAGGCGUUUGCCUUCAUGGUGGGCGGGUUAAUUGCUCCCAGUCCCACCACAGCAGUCCACUACCUGGCCACCAAAUGCGUGGACACAGUCAAGCACCGCCAGGAAACAAAGUGGUUCAUGCCAUGGGGUCCCAACCAAUGCGACAAGAUUCGGACCUUUGAUGAAGCCAUGGCCAAGGGGAUUGAGGCCAACAACAUUGUGUUUGCUGUCCACAUUCCUCUGCCUAACAAGGAGAUGAGCCCCUGGUUUCAGUUCAUGCUGGUCAUCUUGCAGUUUGACAUCGCAUUCAAGAUGUACAACCAGAUAGAGGAUGGAGCGAUGGUCACUGUGGACGUGGGCCUGGCCUACAGAGAUGAUACAGUCAGUGAGUGGACGGAGAUGGCUCACUCUUUUGAACAGCGGAAGCUCAGCUGCAACUUCACCACUGCCAAGACUUUUGAAAACGAGGGCCGCUACUACGAGUGUGACCUGCUGCCCUUCAUGGAGGUUGGCAGCGUGGCCCACAAGUACUAUCUUCUCAACAUCCGUCUGCCCGUCAAUGAGCGCAAGAAGAUUAAUGUGGGCAUUGGAGAAAUAAAGGACAUUCGUCUGGUUGGCAUCCAUCAAAAUGGUGGUUUUACUCGGGUGUGGUUUGCCAUGAAGACCUUCCUGACCCCAAGCAUCCUCAUCAUCAUGAUCUGGUACUGGAGGCGCAUCACGCUCAUGAGUAGACCUCCUGUGCUGCUGGAGAAAGUAAUCUUUGCUUUGGGCAUCUCCAUGACAUUCAUUAACAUCCCAGUGGAGUGGUUCUCGAUUGGCUUCAACUGGACCUGGAUGUUGCUCUUUGGAGAUAUCCGACAAGGCAUUUUCUACUCCAUGUUGCUUUCCUUCUGGAUCAUCUUCUGUGGCGAGCACCUUAUGGACCAGACGGAGAGGAAUCGUUUUUCAGUGUACUGGAAACAGGUCGGGCCCAUAGUGUUUGGGUCUUUCUGUCUUUUUAUCUUUGACAUGUGCGAGAGAGGUGUUCAGCUGACAAACCCCUUCUACAGCAUCUGGGCGUCUGAUGUGGGGACUGAGCUGGCUAUGGCUUUCAUUAUUGUGGCAGGAAUCUGUGCUUGCCUCUACUUUCUCUUCCUUUGCUUCAUGGUUUUCCAAGUAUUCCGCAACAUCAGUGGUAAGAGGACUUCACUGCCUGCCAUGUCCAAGGCCAGACGCCUGCACUAUGAGGGUUUGAUUUUUAGGUUCAAAUUUCUCAUGCUGGUCACACUGGCCUGUGCUGCCAUGACUGUUAUCUUCUUUAUCAUCAGUCAGGUCAAUGAGGGUCACUGGCAUUGGGGAGAUUACACAGUGCAGGUGAACAGCGCUUUUUUCACUGGCAUCUACGGAAUGUGGAACCUAUACGUAUUCGCCAUCAUGUUCCUGUACGCCCCAUCUCACAAGCGAUACGGAGAUGACCAGUCAAGCGCUCAGUGCAUCACUGGGGAUGCCGGGGCAUCCAGCGGCGAGGAUAUCCAGUUGACCACGACCAUCACUCAAGGUGACGGGCCCACUGAGAUCUACAAGAUGACUGGCAAAGAGGCCCAAGAAUAGAUCUCACAUUGUUGUUGACAUCUGUCCUUUAUUACCUACUGUUCCAAUACCCCCUUUUCCUAUUGACAUCUUGUUACAAGCUUUUUUCUUUACACCUCUCCGCACUGUUGCAGCAGCAAUCUUUCAAUCUUCAGCUCCAUGCCACCUGUUUCCCCAACAUCCCUGUUGUUUUACCUGAAUUCUGAACAAGUCCUUUUCAUUUCAUAGUGGAAUUUUUUUUUUUUUUUUUUUUUUUUUUUUUUUUUUUUUUUACAUUUCAUACUUUUAUGUACACUAUUUGUAAAUGUUGCACAACACUUUUGACACCAAGUCAGAUACUUGAAAGCUUUUUUGUAGGCAAGAGGGUCAAGCAAAUUAUUGGUGGAAAAAGUUGCAUUAAGCAGCAAUUUGCACUGAAGUUUUAACUAUUUGCUAAGCCCUGAGCUUUUGAUGGGAAUGAACAGUGUGAUUUUUAUUUUUUUUUCCUGGAUGCAGUACUGCCACUUUGUCAAUUUAUGUCCUGUUAUAUUCAUAGUGAAUGGGAUAGAACCUUAAUACAUGCUUUUUUCUCUCUACAAAAUAGGUCAUGUGAUACACAUCAUUAGUCAAGUGGUGGAAUUUUUUUAUAUUAAUGGGGAAAAUGUACAGACUACAUAGUCCAUUUGGGAAAUUAGUAUCAUCGGUUGUCUAUUUUUUAUAGUGUUUUGUUUGAACUUCAGAAUAAUGUAUCCAGCUCUAUCAAUUUUGAGAGGUUAGAAGUUGCCAGUAGUUCUUAAAUGCCAUAUUAUUGUUCUUUGCUUUUUUUCUAAAUUAAAUAA